AUGGCCACCACCCGUUCGGCGACGAUGAUCCUCAGCGCUGUUCUAUUAGCAGCAUUGCUCUUCGCCUCCUCGGUGUGCGCUCACCACCAUCACCACCGAAAGUUUAAAUCAUCCGGCUUCUUUUCCGCUCCGACAAAAGACUAUCAAGGUGGUGGCUCAGGAUACGCAGGCUUUGGUGGUGGCUCUGGUUCCGGCUCUGGAGAAGGAAGUGGAUCCGGUUCUGGAUCAUCGUCACCGGUAUAUGGAGGAAUUCCAGGUGGUGCUGGCUCUGGUUCUGGAGCUGGCUCGGGCUCUGGGAUGGGGAGUGGCUCCGGCUCUGGGAGCGGCUAUGGAAGUGGUGGCCCAGUGAGUGGAGGCGGCACAGUGGCUCCGGCUCUGGACAAGGCAGCGGCUCCGGCUCGGGCUCUGGAAUGGGAUCGGGAUCCGGGAGUGGUGGCUCGUAUGGAAGUGGCUCUGGACAAGGUAGUGGGAGUGGAUCUGGCUCCGGCUCUGGAAGUGGCUCUGGAGGAAGUGGAAGUGGAAGUCCAUACUAUGGAGGAAUUCCUGGAAGUGGCUCGGGCUCCGGCUCCGGCUCUGGUUCUGGCUCUGGAAGCGGCUCUGGAGGAAGUGGAAGUCCGUACUAUGGUGGAAUUCCUGGAAGUGGCACUGGAAGUGGCGGUGGAAGUGGAAGUGGAAGUGGUAGUGGAAGUGGAAGCGGGAAUGGAAGUGGCGCAGGAUCUUCUCCAAGUGGAACUCUUCCUUGCAGUCCACCACCUUAUUAAAGUAGCACUCCAGGUUCUGGAGAAGGGAGUGGGGGUGGAAGUGGCUCAGGAUCUGGGUCUGGCUAUGUGCCCAGUCCUCCAUAUUAUGGUGGUGGCUAUUAGAUUUUGA